CCUCUGGUCACAUUUUUUGGGGAGGUAGGAAAUAAUUAUUUUUGUUUUGUGUAAAAAAUAUGUCGACGCGAUCCUCUUAUGGAGAUGAUGAACAAACAAAAGUGCCGCGCAUCAUGACCUUCCGUCCUAGUUACGAGGAGUUCAAGGACUUUGCCGGCUAUAUUGAAUAUAUGGAAUCGCGCGGCGCCCAUUUAGCCGGCUUAGCCAAAAUUCAGCCGCCCGUGGAAUGGGUGCCCAGAAAGGAGGGCUACGAUAUUGAAAAGAUCAACAUGACCAUACCGGCCCCGAUCAACCAAGUGUUCACCGGCGCUCAUGGGCUUUACCAGCAAAUAAAUAUUCAGCAGCGCCGUCAAAUGACCCUGCGUCAGUUUAUGGAGAAGGCCAACUCGGAGCUUCACCAAACCCCUCGCCAUAUCGACUAUGAGGAUCUGGAACGUAAGUACUGGAAGAACAUUACAUAUAUAUCGCCGUACUACGCGGCUGAUGUCAAAGGAACACUCAGCGACGAAGAUCUUGACGUAUGGAACAUUGGGCGUCUGGACACCAUUCUAAAUCUUGUCAAUACCGACUACAAUAUCGUCAUUGACGGUGUAAACACAGCCUACUUAUACUUCGGUAUGUGGAAGAGUUCCUUUGCCUGGCACACCGAGGAUAUGGACCUCUAUUCUAUCAACUAUCUCCACUUUGGGGCCCCCAAGACGUGGUACGCCAUACCACCGGCUUACGGCAGACGUCUAGAAAAGCUGGCCAACGAAACUUUCACCGAAAACUAUCAGGAGUGCAACGCCUACCUGCGCCAUAAGAUGACUAUGAUUAGCCCUAAAGUGCUGCGCCAACACAACAUUCCGUACAAUAAGAUCACCCAAGAGGCUGGGGAGAUUAUGAUUACGUUUCCGUUCGGCUAUCAUGCCGGCUUUAAUCAUGGAUUUAAUGGAGCCGAAUCCACUAACUUUGCUUCAAAGCGCUGGAUCGAGUAUGGCAAGCGGGCAAGCAUCUGUAAAUGCCGUAGCGAUAUGGUGAAAAUCUCAAUGGAGACAUUUGUACGACGUUUCCAGCCAGAUCGCUACGAGAACUGGCUAAAGGGCCAAGACCUUGGGUGCCAUCCAGAAGAACCAGGCAAAAUUUGUGCCGCAGCACCGCCUACAUUGAACGUCUACGAACUACAGGAGAGCUUACUAAAAGCCAAAACCAAGGGACCUUCUACCCAAAAGCGUGGCUGUUCCGUUGCAGCCAAUGAAUGUGAACCCGGCGGCGAUGCUGCCGAAGAUAAUGACGACCGUGCCAGUGUUAGUAGCUAUAGCAGCUCUCGCCAACUUCAACCAGUUGUUAAAAUCCGAAAACUGCCAAUAAAAACCAUCGUACCUGAACAAACCGCUGCACCGAAUAAAUACGACUUCAAUUCCGUGGCUGUGGUGCGUGUUAAACGUUUGUGGGAGGCGCUACCAUGUCCCGAAACCGGAGUCAAUCUACUCAACAACGGUGUGGUUAAGAACACUAAGAGAAUGCGCUUCCAGACAAAGGUUCUAACGCUUGACGACGAGGAGUAAAUGCUUCCUGAUGUACUGUGCGACUGGCAGUAUUCCGAUCUCCUUGUUAGAUCUUGAAACGACUGCAAAGAUCUUUUAGUGAUAGAUAAUUAUUAAUUUGUAAGUAAUUAAGCAGGAUUGACGCCACCACAAAGAAGACUUGUGCUUAGAGUUUAGAAUGUA